AAUGUACCAAAGGCAUGAACUUUUCCCUCUUUUCCAAGUGGUUGAACCCUCGUUCAUCACCUGACCUAUCUUUCCCUCUCUCGUAACUUCCCUCUCCCUUGUCCCCUUCCCUCAGAUCAAAACCCACUUCCCAUUCUCGAUCGCCCCAUCAAGCUCUCUUUCUUUCACUCAGUGUGUCAACCCAGAAAAGGUCACAGAAUCACUCGGAAACAGCGAAGAAAGAUAAAGGAGAGUUAAAGGGGAAGAGGAAGAGGAGGAGCGAAAAAGAGAAGAAGACAAGGCACUGGGCUGAACUGGGCUGCGUGUGAUGCUUCACCCUUGUUCUCCUCCAAUCCCAACUUCUCGUUGAGGCAGUGAUGGUGAUUGGAAGCGGUAAUAACAAUCACGAUCAGACAGAAGAUGUGGAGAGGAACCCUGCGGCGGCGGCGGGGGCUGUGGUGCCCAGAAGCGGUGGAGGGGGCGGCAGCAGGUCGUGGGGCACCACGGUUUCCGGCCAAUCGGUGUCGACUAGCGGCAGCAUGGGUUCGCCAUCGAGCCGCAGCGAGCAGGCCAUGGCUACUCCGGCGAGCGAGAGUACUUUGCUUCGCAUAAACCACCUUGACAUUCACGGCGACGAUGCUGGAUCUCAGGGAGAUGUUGGUGGCAAGAAGAAGAAGAGAGGUCAAAGGGCAACUGCUGGUGAUAAGAGUGGAAGAGGACUUCGCCAGUUUAGCAUGAAAGUGUGUGAAAAAGUGGAAAGCAAGGGAAGAACUACUUACAAUGAGGUUGCUGACGAACUUGUUGCUGAGUUUGCUGAUCCUGGCAAUAGUGCUGCUUCACCUGAUCAGCAACAGUAUGAUGAGAAAAAUAUAAGACGAAGGGUGUAUGAUGCCCUGAAUGUUCUUAUGGCGAUGGAUAUUAUAUCCAAAGACAAAAAGGAGAUACAGUGGAAGGGUCUGCCUCGAACUAGCCUAAAUGACAUUGAGGAACUAAAGACAGAGCGUCAUGGGUUGAGAAAUAGAAUUGAAAAGAAAGCAGCCUAUUUACAGGAACUGGAGGAACAAUAUGUAGGUCUACAGAACUUGAUACAGAGAAAUGAGCAGCUGUUUAGUACGGGAAAUGCUCCAAGUGGAGGCAUUGCAUUACCAUUUAUUCUGGUUCAGACCCGGCCUCAUGCAACUGUUGAGGUUGAAAUAUCAGAAGAUAUGCAGCUUGUGCAUUUUGAUUUCAACAGCACUCCUUUUGAGCUCCACGAUGACAACUAUGUCCUUAAAGCGAUGAAAUUUUGCGAAAGACCAGGAAAUGACGAGAUAGUGCCUGUGUUUCCUUCCGAUGGAGGCGAAGGCUCCAGCAUGUCGGGCAUGUACCAACCACAGCCUCCGUAUCCUCCAAUGUCCAGCGCAGCAGAUAGGCCGCCUGCCUCUCCUCCAAUACCUGGAAUAUUAAAGGCACGCGUCAAGCAUGAGCAUUGAUCAUUCAUGCCAUGGCAACAUUUCUCACCAUAGCUGUAUAGUCUGUAAAGAAAGUGAGCCUUGAAAUUAGUCUUGUGGUGGCCAUAACCCUCUUUCAUUAGGAGAUCACGAUUAACAUAGAGAUGGUAACUCGCUCGGUCAGGAGAUAGUGAGAGGUUUUGGAUCUCUGGCUCGUGUUUUUGUGCCGUUGUCAAAUUAUUGGAGUUGCGAUUUGUUCAUGGUUUCCUCCGCUUGAUCCAGGGUUCAGAAGGAAUUGUCUUUUACUUCUGUUUUUCGUGGAAGGUGACUGUAUAAGAUCUUUGAUCUCUUACAUAAUUACACUAAAACAUUGUUUCCGCAAUGUCACACUGCAUGGAUGCACAUUUCGGA